GUAGAUAAUUCUAAUGAUAAAAAGAUCACUGUCUCUGUACCACUUUACACAGAUGUUAUUUCAAAUUAUGUAGUUUUAUUGAAUUUGCUCAUACAUCAGUAUAUUGAACAAGAGUGAAGGUUAUUGAAGUGGCUAUAUUUUGCCAGCAUGGGUUCUGGUGCAGCAAAGUGGCGACAAUUUAUCCUCUUGUUAUGGAAGAAUUUUAUUUUGCAAAAACGACGACCAAUUGCCACUUUUGUUGAGCUUGCUCUGCCUUUGCUUUUUGCUGCAUUGUUGGUUAUAAUUCGUACAACUGUGGACACAACAACUCAUCCAAACAUCACAACAUGGAGAGAGUUUUCUGUCAACAAUCUACCAAAUUUUAAGACCAAUGUUGUUCCAAAAGAUGGAGUAUGGACAGUGGCAUACGCUCCAAAUAACGACUCCACAGUGGAAAAUAUAAUGACAAAUUUUGAGACUUUUCUCAAGCAUGGAAAAUCAGAUCUAGAAAUCAAUUGCCCUGGUCUCUCUUUUAUUAAAAAUAUGGGAUCACCUGAUGAAGAUGCAGAUGUAGGAUCUGGGAUGGGAGGACCACCACCAGGUGCAGGUCUAGGUGGAGCAGGAGACUUAACUGGUGCAAGAGCUGCAUUUUCCAUGUUUACGAGUGCUGUAGGAGGAGGAACUAUGACCAGAUCUAUGUCUGCUAUAGCAGCUCCAAUGUUUUAUCAAAACAUCCCUCAAAUUAUGAAAGAUAUUAUAAUUGAACGAGCAGCUGAUGAAGGGAAAGAAAAUAUCGAAUAUGUUUCUGAUAUGCUUGUUGAGUUAGGACCGGAAGAAUUUAUGAAGGAUGUAACAGAAGAACUCCUAAACAAAACAAUGGAAUGUGUUUUUGAUGAACUUGAUCCCCGCUUCAGAGAAUUUUUUGAAGAAAAUAAAUCUAAUGUAUCAUCAUUAGAUACGGAUGGAUCUUCAGAUAACUCAACUGAAAAAAGACAAGGAAAUUCAUCCAGUGGAAUGAUGGCAGCUAUAGGGGCAAUUCCCAAGAUUAAAGUUAUGGGUUUUGAAGAUGAAGCAAGUUUCAUGGAGUAUGUUACGAAUGACACAAAUUUGGCUGGAACUCUUGGUGGAAUUAUAUUUACAAAAUCUGAAAACACAUCAACUCCAAAGUUUAGUUAUAAAAUACGACUACAUUCUGAUCCUGUGAACGUAGGACCUGGAGAUGAUUCAAGAAUCACAGGAAAUCCUGAUACUUGGAGAACAACUCAACUUUUUCCUGGAUUUCAGCAACCUGGUCCAAGAGAUGGCAAUGAUAGGUAUGGUGGGAAACCUGGUUAUUAUAAAGAAGGUUUCCUUUCCCUUAUGCAUGCUGUUGAUAUGGCAAUCCUGGCAACAGUUGGUGAUGAGAAUAUAGUUGACUUGGCUGAUGGUAAUUUUCGAAUGAAGAGAUUUCCAUAUCCACCCUACGUUGAAGAUAAUUUUUUGGUUGCAAUAUCUCGUUUGUUGCCCUUGCUCAUCAUGCUCAGUUUUCUUUACACUGCUCUGACCAUCGUCAAAAGUGUUGUGCAUGAAAAAGAGUCAAAAUUGAAGGAAUACCUGAUGAUGACUGGUCUACCAAACUGGUUACAUUGGUUGGCUUGGUUUAUUAAAUAUCUGGUUUUUCUUACCAUAUCCUGCAUGUUCUUCACCAUAUUGUUCAAAAUAAAUACUCCAAAUGGCAAAGUCUUCACCUACACUGAUGGAACAGUUUUAUUUGUGUUCUUGGUUUGUUACUGUGCUGCGACCAUCUGCUUCUGCUUUAUGAUUUCUGUCUUCUUUUCCAAAGCGAAUGUAGCUGCAGCUGCUGGAGGAGUUCUCUUUGGUCUCUCGUACAUGCCAUAUCUGUUUAUCGCUCCUAGAUACGAACAAAUGACUUUCACUCAAAAAUCUCUAUCAAGUUUGUUAUCCAACAUUGCCAUGGCAAAUGGAGCAACAAUUCUUAGCAUGUAUGAAGGCAAAGGAACUGGUGUGCAAUGGUCGAACAUCGCAGACACUGUGACAGUUGAUGACAAUUUUACAUUCCUACAGGCAAUGUUUUUUCUGAUAAUUGAUGCAAUUCUGUACAUGACAAUAGCAUGGUAUGUCGAAGGUGUACGGCCCGGUGAAUAUGGAAUACCAAAAAAGUGGAAUUUUCCAUUUACUAAAUCUUACUGGUGUGGUCCCCCAAAGAAGGUAAAUGUCUAUGAAGCAGUGGCAGGUGGAGGUAGCAGUCAAGUUCUUCAACCAUCUAAUGGUAUAAAUGGUAUUGAGAAAGGAGAUGCUGAUGAUGAAUACUUUGAACCAGAAGCACCAGAUCAAAGACAUAUUGUCCAGAUUUUUAAUCUUCGAAAAGUAUUUAAUGCUGGCCAACCAAAAGAGAAGAUAGCUGUACAUGGUUUGAAUUUAACAAUGUAUGAAGGACAGAUUACAGUGUUGCUUGGACACAAUGGUGCUGGAAAAACUACAACCAUGUCUAUGCUAACAGGACUCUUCCCCCCAUCAUCUGGAAAUGCUGUUGUUCUUGGUCAUGAUAUAACUACAGAUAUUGAAUUGGCAAGAACUUCAAUGGGACUCUGUCCACAACACGACAUUUUGUUCGAUGAACUGACUGUUGAUGAGCAUAUUUACUUCUUCUCAAUGAUUAAAGGAUUGAGUAGCGAAGAGGCAAAAAAAGAAUGUGACAAAAUGGCUGAAGUAUUAGAAUUAAUGGAUAAACGUGAGGCAAGAUCAUGCACUUUAUCUGGUGGAAUGAAAAGAAAAUUAUCUGUCGGAAUCGCUCUCUGUGCUGGAUCGAAGUUUAUUGUCCUUGAUGAACCUACUGCUGGCAUGGAUCCCGCAGCAAGAAGAGCUAUAUGGGACGUUAUACAAAAAUAUCGAGACCAAUGUUCAAUGCUUUUGUCUACUCAUUUCAUGGAUGAAGCUGAUUUACUAGGAGAUAGAAUCGCUAUCAUGGCUGAAGGAAGAAUUCGUUGUGCAGGUUCUGCUGUAUUCUUGAAAAAUAAAUUUGGUGUCGGAUAUCAUGUUGUAUUGAACAAAACACCGGAAUGUCAAGUGGAGAAGGUCUCUGACUUUUUUCAAAGUCAUGUACCUGACAGCAGAAUGGAGAGAACAGCAGGAGCGGAAGCUUCUUUUCUUUUACCAUUUGAAUCGAGUAGUCUGUUUCCAACAUUAUUUACUGAACUUGAUAAAGCAAUGAAUGAACUUGGAGUUCUAAGCUAUGGGGCAUCAAUUACAACAUUGGAAGAAGUAUUUCUCUGUGUCACCGAAGACGUAGCACAGCCAGUAGCUGUUGCAAGCAGAAGAUUAUCGUUAACAGGAGCAGAUGAAGAUCAUAAGACACCUGCUUCUCCAACAAUGAGCUCCGCAGAUAUAUUGCAGCCACCUGAUGUACCAAAUACAGGAACAGCAUUAUGGUUCCAACAAUUCCAUGGAUUACUCGUCAAAAGAAUUCUGCAUUCGAGAAGACAUCUUAAGGUUCUGAUAUCACAAUUAUUGGUUCCUGUUGUUUUUGUCAUUCUUGCGAUCAUCAAUGCAAAAUAUGCUCCAUUCCUCGAAACCAACAAAGAACUCGAUCUUAGUCUAUUUGGCUAUGGGAACACCACAGUAUCUUACAAUGGGAGCACUGAUAUUCAAAAACUCACUGAUAUCUAUGCACAACAGUUUACAGAUCUUGCAGAUGCCGUGGACAUUCCAGGAGAUCUAGAAAUGCAUUUGUCUAAUGAAUACAAAAAACAAGGAGGUAGCUUCAACAAUAAAAAUAUUAUCAGUGGAACCGUGAGAGAUAAUAAAAGUCCUUCAAAUUCCACCAUUGCUUGGUUUAAUGCUCAGGGAUGGCAUUCAUCGGCAAACACACUUUUGUACGCUGAUCAGGCCUAUAUAAGAUGGAAACUCAACAACACUGGAUUUGAUCUGGAUGUUUCAAACCAUCCAUUGCCGAGGAAUUCAUCUGCUAGAGUACAGGAACAACUCGUCGGGUCAAUUGCUGGAUUCAUGAUUGCAUUCAACGUUGUUCUUGGCUUUUCUUUCCUUGCUGCUUCAUUCUCUAUUUUCAUUGUGAGAGAGCGAACAGAUCGAGCAUCGUUACUUCAAACACUAGCGGGUGUCGACCCUAUUUGCUUUUGGCUUUCUGGUUUUCUAUGGGACUUCAUCAACUUUCUGAUUCCCUGUUUGAUUUGUAUGAUUGUCUUUGCCAUUUUUGGAGUCGAAGAAUUUUUACACAACGGUCAAUUUGCAAUCACACUCCUGCUUUUUGCUCUCUAUUGCUGGGCUGCUUUACCAUUGACUUAUUUGAUGUCUCUGCUAUUCUCCCUGCCAACAACUGCACUGGUUACCAUCACCAUAUUUGGAGAUAUCAUGGGGCUUGCAACCAUUAUUACAAUCAAUGUUUUAAUGCUUAUUGAUGACAAUACAAGAGAUGUUGCAAAAAUACUGGAUUGGGUGUUUUUAAUUCUGCCACAAUAUUCCAUUGGACAAGGUCUGGCUGAUUUAUACACCAAUGAUAAGAUGGUGAAUGUUUGUACCACGGAUGCCAUGAUGGAAGCAAUUUGUGAGGAAUAUGGAAUCACUUUUCAGACGAAUUUCUUGGCAUGGGAACGAUAUGGUGUCGGUCGAUUUGUGGUCUUCAUGUUUUUAGAAGGACUCCUCUUUUUUGGCAUCUUAUUUGCAAUAGAAUAUGACAUUGAAGGAGUGUUUUUGAGACUCUCAAGAUCUCUCCGUAAAAAAGUGACCGCUGCCAUCAUGUACGGAACUGAAAGCACUAUUCUGGAUGAUGACGUUUCAAAUGAACAAAAUCGAAUCAAUGAUACUCUACUUCCAGAACUCAAGAAAUCUGAAUUGAUAUUUGCAAAGAAUUUAAGAAGGGUUUAUGCUGGAAAGAAAGGUGGAGGUGUUUCUCGAAUUAUUGCUGUAGACAAUCUUAAUCUCGGAGUUCCAAAAGGAGAAUGUUUUGGAUUAUUGGGCAUCAAUGGAGCAGGGAAAACAACAACUUUCAAAAUGCUAACCGGUGAUGUUCGACCAACAGCUGGUACAGCAUAUGUAAACGGGCAUGAUAUCAUUUCUAAUAGAAAACAGGCACAACAAAAAAUUGGAUAUUGCCCCCAAUUUGAUGGUUUAAUUCAACAAAUGACAGGACGGGAAACUCUAGUGAUGUAUGCUCGACUUCGUGGUGUGAAAGAAAAAUAUAUUCAGGAUAUUGUUGAAAAACUUGCUAAAUUAUUGCACUUCAAAGAACAUAUUGACAAAGAAUGUGGUACAUACAGUGGUGGUAAUAAACGAAAGCUGAGUACUGCAAUUGCUCUGGUUGGUGGACCUUCUGUUGUUCUGUUGGAUGAACCAAGUACAGGAUUAGAUCCUGGAGCUAGACGUAAACUGUGGGAUACGAUAACUCAGAUUUGUACUGACAAGAGAUGCAUCAUCAUCACUUCUCAUAGUAUGGAAGAAUGUGAAGCAUUAUGUACAAGACUAGCUAUCAUGGUGAAUGGACAAAUGAGAUGCCUGGGUGGACCACAGCAUCUUAAAAACAAAUUUGGACAGGGUUAUUCUGUUGAAGUCAAAUUGGAAAGUAAUAACAGCAAUCCAGAGCCAAUUAAGGCAUAUAUGCAGUCCCACUUCCCAGGAACUAUUAUCAAAGAUGAACAUCAAGGACUAGUUGCAUUCCAAGUACCGAAGAUCAAACCCUCAGGAGAAGACCUAUCUUUAGCUACCAUAUUUAGUCGUAUGGAAGAAACAAAAGCUGAAAUCAACCUGAGAGAUUAUUCUGUCUCACAAACGACACUCGAACAAGUAUUCCUUAGUUUUGCUCGUCGUCAACGUGAAACAACUGACCAAUAAAAAACUU